UGGUGAUUGCUUUUGCUUGCUCGUUGGCUUAUGGCGCUUAUGCAAUGCACAUAGCACAGUACGGGAUAUAAUUUGUCAAGUUCUCUCGAGAAAGUGAAUUCGUGUGCAUUUUAGUGCUUUUCGAUAAUUUAGCUCCUCCAGCGUGAUUAGAAGAAAGAAGCGCUACCAUGAAGCUCGAAUCUGAAGAGAAAUGCACCGACGGAAACACGUCGGGAGCAACCGGGGGUGAUCAAGCAGAAUCAAAAACUGCCGGCCAGCCUCUUGCAGAGUUCCUCAUGCAGCUGGAGGACUAUACUCCCACGAUUCCCGAUGCUGUGACUUCUCACUACCUAACCAUGGCCGGGUUUGAGGCUUCAGACCCGCGAAUGGUUCGCCUGGUAUCUUUAGCUGCCCAAAAGUUCAUUUCGGACAUUGGCAAUGACGCCCUGCAGCACUGCAAGGCACGUAGCUCGGCUCUCCCAAACAAGUCCAGCAAAACCUCCAAAGAUAAGAAAUAUACUCUCACAAUGGAGGACCUGGCGCCCGCCCUAAAUGAGUACGGAAUUACUGUGAAGAAACCUCCAUACUUCGUUUGAGCUUCAAAACUUAAAGACUGUGCAGAUUGUUCAAAUGUUGUUGCAAUCAGCUAUAAGUAAGUGUAAUUUUUAAGGAUGCACCAUGAUUGAAUAAUAAAAUAACUUUGUAAGGCUAUCAAA